AGUAAUAGCGCUAGGAUUUCGGCUCGACCAAUUUACUUACGGCACUCUCAUCAAUGGACUGAGCAAGAUAGGAGAAACUGAAGCCGCAAUCAAAUUGCUCAGAACGGUUCAAGGUCCAUCAACAGUAAUGUAUAACAUUAUCAUUGACUCUUUAUUAAAAAAGAAACAACCAAAUGAAGCUUAUGAUUUGUAUUCUGAGAUGGUUAUUAACAGAAUUUCUCCUGAUGUUGUUACUUAUAAUACUCUAAUUUAUGGAUUUUGCUUAGUGGGACAAGUAGAAGUAGCAUUUGGUUUUAUAAAUGAAAUGCUAUCAAAUAGCAUCUGGCCAAAUGUUUAUACCUAUAAUAUAUUGAUUGAUGCAUUGUGUAAGGAAAGAAAGUUAGGAGAAGCUAAGAAUGUGUUAGGUGUGAUGGUAAAAGCUCAUGUGAAACCUAAUGUUGUUAGCUUUAAUGCUCUAAUGGAUGGGUACUAAGUAGUUAAUAAAGUGAAGAAUGCAAAACAAAUAUUCAGUGCAAUGACCCACAUGGGAGUGAGUCCUGAUGUUAAGACCUACAAUAUCAUGAUAAAUGGACUCAUAGGGAAUGAAAGGCUAGAUGAGGCCAUAGAUCUCUUUCUGGAAAUGCACACCAAAAAUAUGGUUCCAAAUACUGUGACUUACAAUAUUCUUAUUGAUGGUUUAUGCAAAUCUGGAAGAAUCUCCCAUGCUUGGGAUCUUUUUUGUGAGAUGCGUGGCAGAAAUCAACAAGCGGACGUAAUCACUUAUAGUUCCUUGAUUGACGGUUUAUGCAAAAAUCAUCAUCUAGACAAGGCAAUUGACUUAUUGACGAAAAUGAGAGAGAAUGAAGUUCAGCCCGAUAUGUACACUGUAAAUAUACUUAUUGAUGGGAUGUCUAGAGGGGGGAGACUUAAGAAUGCACAAGAGAUUUUUCAAGAUCUAUUGAAUAAAGGUCACAAUCCCGACCUCUAUACUUAUACUGUUAUGAUCAAUGGUCUUUGUAGAGAGGGUUUGCUUGAUGAGGCAUUGACCUUGUGGUUCAAAAUGGAAGAAAGUGGUUGUUUAUCUGAUGUUAUUACUUUUGAAAUAAUCAUCUCUGCUCUCUUCAAAAAGGACGAGACUGAAAAGGCCGAGAAAUUUUUGCACGAAAUGAUCUCUAGAAAGUUGUUGAAAUGAAGAAAGGUGACACCUUAUUUGAAUAACAAGUUACAUUUAUGUGUUUGUCAUAGAAUGUGCGUGAAUGGUUUGUAAAUUUUGUAUUAGAUGAGUUGAUUUAGGUUGUAACAUCUGUUGCUGAUGUUUUCCUGGUCAAGGGUUGACACAUUUUAUUUUCUUCUCUGCAUUUUGAUUGCUAUCAAAGUUGUGUUUCCUUUGAAAUUACAUUUUAUUUGUAGAAUUUGUUUAACUGAUCAGUACAAAGGUUGAAAUCAAUGAUUUUAUUGUCUUUCAAGAUCAAACCUGUGACCUCCCUCCCUAUGUCUAAAAUCUUGAUGAUUUUUUUAUUUCCAACUGUUUGAUAUUCCCCAUUCAUGUUUGUCAGAGACCAAAUAUGUUUUUGCUUUAGGGCCUUCAUAGUUGCACUUCAGGGAACCAUUCCCAAAGAAUAAGCACAUUUAUGAAGCUUAGGGAUCUUAACCUUGGCAAUAAUCAUCUUCAUGAUAUGGCUAUGCCUAAAUAACUUUUAAGUCUUUUUGAAUUCUUCCAAU